AUGAAGGGUCAGCAGGGGACCCCCAUUGCUCGCUCUGACACCUGUCUCGAUCUCCCACUGCAGUUCCAGGUGGAAGGUGGCUGCCCCGAGCAGUGUUCCUGCCCCCCGUCGCUGCCCUCCUGCCCUACGGGGGUCAGCUGGGCCACGGACGCCUGCGGUUGCUGCAGAGUAUGCGCACGGCAGUUUAACCAGGACUGUGGCCCCAGCGAACCCUGCGACCACAUCAAGGGCCUGCGCUGCCAGAUGGGGGCUGGCGGGGACCCGGAGCGAGGCCUGUGCCGAGCUGAGGCCCAGGGGCGGCCCUGCGAAUUCGAUGGGCGCCUCUACCAGCACGGCGAAGACUUCCGACCCAGCUGCCACCACCAAUGCAGCUGCAUGGAUGGUGUGGUGGGCUGCAUGCCGCUGUGCCCUCACCGGGUGCCCCUGCCCGAUUGGCGCUGCAUCAGGCUGCGACUCGCCAGGCCGCCUGGGAGCUGCUGCGACGAGUGGGUCUGCGAUGAUGACAACCACAUCGCCGAAGACUCAGGGGAGCCCCAACCAGGAUCCCCCCCGGUCCCUCAACCACACCCUGACCCAGCCAGCAAUGAGCUCGUGCUGAUACCCUCAGCCCUGGACAUCAGCGCCGGGACCCUUUUUGACGAAGGGAUGACUCUUCCGGUGUCACACGCCCAGCUCAUGUCCAAGUGCUUCCCCCAGACCACUGAUUGGUCUCCCUGCUCCGCCACAUGUGGGAUGGGCGUGUCCAGCAGAGUAACCAAUAGCAACGCGGCGUGCCGACUCAACAGUGAGACGCGACUGUGCCAGGUGCGACCAUGCAACCUUGACCUUGGCUACUCUCUCAAGGUAAGCAGGUGCGAGCACACGGUGAGGCCUCGCAAGCCGGUGCGGAUCACGUUUGCAGGCUGCUCCACAGCACGCCGGUACCGUCCCAGGGCCUGUGGGUCCUGUGGAGACGGACACUGCUGCGUGCCCUCGCUCACACGUACCGUGCGCCUGCGCUUCCGCUGUCGAAGCCGGCGGGGCUUCGCGCGCGACGUCAUGUGGGUGGAGCGCUGUAGUUGUGAUACCAGCUGUCCUGUUUCCAGCCUCCCAGCUUCCCCGAGCCUGCCCAGCGACAUCCACACCUACAGCCACUGAGACCCGCUGUCCACUCGGACACGCCUGGGUUUGGACCGUGUGUGGCUGCAGUCGUCGACUGUCCAGGGUGGGACUCAAUGUCCAACUGUGUCAGGGGUGAGGACUCAGUGUCUCCCCUUCCCACCAGCAACAACAAUCACACAAAUGGCUCAUCUCAUGCACCUCAUUUAUGAUUUAUGAGAUUAGGAGGGUUUUUCCGGACCAUCUGGACUCUCUCUGACCUCAGUAGCAAAGUUAAGUGUUUGAUGAUGAAUAAUUGGCAGGUUUAUAAAUCACAAGGCUGUAAAACCGUAAAGCACUUCACGAAACUGUAAAUGCACGCUCCUCUCCAGAACUGCCCAUCUGCUUCAUCUUUAAUUUGAAGCUGUCUUUUACCCCCUCUCUGUAAGAUCACAAUGUUUACCGUAGCAACCGAGUUAUGCUACACAUAUACAUCACUAUGUGUAUCCUUCCGAGACCCAACGAAAAAAGUUUUUUGGACAAAUUUAUAAGAUUUCUAUGAAGUUCUCAAAGACCCACCCCUAAACACAUGGUGUCGUUUAAAAGCACAGAAUGUCCUCUGUAUGGUGCUUUAAUACCGAACAUUAUAGCAUAUUCAGUUUGGGAGGUACACUUCAAAACAUUUGCCCACUAGAGUGGACAACAAUGAAGGGC